AUGCCGGCGCGCGGCGUGUCGCUGGAGCAAGACUCGCGCUUCUCUGACAAAGAUGCGUCAUUGAUCAAGACGACCAAGUUUCCCGCUGUCUUCAGCGAGCGGGUCGACAUGUCCAAAGUGAACGUGUCUGUGAUGCGGCCAUGGAUCGCGACGCGAGUCGAGCAAAUGAUGGGCUUUGAGGACGAUAUCCUGGCUGAGCUCAUUAUGAGCCUGUUAGAGUCUGACAGCCACCCAGAUCCACGCAGGAUGCAAAUCACACUCACAGGCUUCUUGGAAAAGCGCGCAGCACCAUUCAUGAACGAACUGUGGCGCCUCCUGCUCAGUGCCCAAGCGUCUGUGGGCGGCGUCCCGCGUGCGUUUGUCGAGCAAAAGAAGCGCGAAAUGCAAGCUACGCGCGAGGAAAACACACGGGCCAUGUCAGAGAUGCAACGGCGGCACGGCCGGGACCACAGUGCCGACGAUCGACCCAAGUCAUCACGCCGAUGGGACCGCGGACGUUCACCGAUCGAGCGCGAUGCGCCUCGAGGCGAGAGCUGGCGUCGCGAUCGGCGCGAUCAAGGAUGGGCUACACGCGCCCACUUUCAUCGCGAGCGCGCUGCUGAUGCAUCACCGGAAUACAGCCCGCCGCCGCCCACGCACUACCGACAGCGCUCCCACAGUCCUCGCUAG